GCCCUUUUCCUCGUAGUCAGAGACGUUCAAAUUGCAUCCCAUUUCCGGAAGUUCGUCGAUAACGCAUGCGCCCUAACAUGGUGUUUCUUGACCCCCCUUUCUUCCUUCGCAUCUGCGCAUUUUCCAGGCCCGAGGAGAAUUUCCCUCACAGCCGACUAGGCUGUUUUCUCCCUACGUUCCCAAGAAUCGUCGCGUAGUUUCGUCGACCGUACGAGCGAACAAAUUUCUUCUCUGCGACUACGUACAAUCUUCUUUCGCAUUUCUUUACUCGUGAGUACUACGAAUGGGUAUUGGUUAAUUUUUCUUCCUAAGGAUGUACAAAACCGUGAGAAAAGGCGAUGCCAGUCUACAAUACAUGAUCUUACCACAAAGUGAUCAAUUCACUUCAAACGGAUUAUCACAGACAAAAUCGACGAUUCCGGCGAACAGAAAAUUACCAUUGAGACUCCUCAAGUAUAUGAUAUGCACGCUUUUGGUGGUCGUAUUUCUUUGCGUUGCAACGCGAUUCCUGAACAAUCAGAACGAUCACAAUCUCUUUGCCGGCACGAUACUGGUUAUGGGUAGGGUCGGCUAUGAAACAACAACAACAACGACGACAACGGCAACAGCGACGGCGACGGCGACGGCGAUGACGACGAUGACGACGGCAACAACGACGACGACCAGCACGUCGACGACCGGUAGUACGUCAAUGACAACCGAAAACGCGUUGAAAAGUGAUAAGGUCAGCGAAGAAGAAGAGGAAGAAGAAGAAGAAGAAGAAGAGGAGGAGGAGAUAGCCGAGAAAAAUAGAUACCAAGUUCCAAUCACGACGACGAGGCCAAGAACAACGACCAUGAUGAUAACGUCGACUAGUGCUUCUUUAAAAAAUAAAGAUUUUGAUGAUCGAACGAUGCCGAUCGAUUCAUUCAAGAAUGAUGAGUUUGAGCCUGCCGAUACCAUAUCUCCAGAGGACACUGUUAUGGAUGAAGCAAGAAUUCCGACUGAUUCGUCGAUGAAUACACGACAGACUAGUUCUUAUUCGAGUUCUCAAUCUUCCUCAUUCUCGACUCUAUCCUCGGAAUCCUCGAAGUCCAUGUUGAGCAGCAUCGAUCCCUCGGAAAUGACGAAAACGUCUUCUGGAACGGCCAGGAAAGGAAAAAUGCCACGAGUGACCUUAAAAUUACGAGAGAACGAAACGAUACCACAAAUGUAUAUGAAAGCUGGGAUAGCUUCGUAUAAAAAAGGUAAUAUCACGACGAGCGUUCUCGCGCAUGGGCUAAGUCUAGAAGGUUUGAUCUUUAAAACACCGGAAGGAACGAUCAAGCCAUGGACACACAAGUGGUUUUUUUCUGACCCCUCUUCAGACUUUCAAUGGAAGGGUCCAAAUCAGAUGCCAAUGUCGAUGUACAUCCUUCUAGCAGGAUUGGCAGGAUUAGCGAGUCUGAGCAUCAUCUUAAUGUUUUACGUUCAACGGAAGGCGUCACGACGGCAACGGCACGACGUUGAGGAACCAGAAACGGAAGUACAGGAAGAGGAUAAAUCGACGUUAUUGGGCACUGAUUAUCACGAGAUCGAGGACAAGGAAUAAUUAAAAAACGAUCAGAAGAUAUUUCGAUGAUUGUUGACCUCGCGACUGAAAUUUCAACUAAUUUUUUAAAGGAUGCAUUUCUUGACCGGAAGACGCACACAUGACGACGAUGACGAUUUUAGAAAGAACGAGAGAGAAAGAGAGAGAGAGAGAGAGAGAGAGAGAGAGAGAGAGAGUGAGAGAGAAAAUAUAGAUUUUCUAAUAACUAUGUCUACCGCGUUUAGAAUAAUAACAGGACGAAAAUGAGAUUUGAAAUCUUUCAAUCUCUUUACUUUGACGAUCUUAUUGAGACUGGAUAAGUAGUAGUUAUUGAUAUUUUUCCGAUAUAUUAGUUUAGUUAUUCGUUUCGUUGGAUCUUCCCACGAAGAGUACUCAUUUUCUUACAACAAAUAUUACAAUGUUUUUCUAUAUUUUAUAAAUAAUAACAUUUUCGAUUUCCAACGGAACGAAAGAAACGUACAUGUGUAUCGUACGCGUAUGUAUGUAUGCGUACGUUAGCGGAUAGAGCAUCCGAUUCCGUAUAAAAAAUAAUGUUCGAUGUGUUUUCGAUAAUAAAAUGAGAUAAUGAGAGUAGACACGAUGAUUAAAGUAAAGAAAAAAAAAAGAGAAAAAGAAAAGAAAAAAGAAAAAAUAGGGGUUUGGGACGGGUGGGAGGGGAAAUAUGGAAUAUAAAAACGGGAGAUUAAAUGAUGUCAUAAGUAACGCAAUAGAGCAGUAGCAAAAGAAAAAGACGGUUAUAGUUUCUAUUUUAAAGAUUAUAUUUUUUUAACUUUAUUCAUUUCGACUUCCAGAGAUACGCGCACGGACUUAUAUCUAUGUCGAUUAGGUGCGCCAUUUUUGUGUGUGUGUGUGUGUGAAUCUGUGCAUGUGUAUAUGUAUGUGUGUGUGUUUGUGUAUGUAUAACAUAUGUGAGAAUGAAUUUGUGCUUCGAGUGUAUGUAUCUGUUGCGUGUACGCGUGGGUGUGUUCAAUGACGCCCAUCUUUUCGUAUCUCAUAGCGGAUGGAUCGUAAAAUGAUUUUUUUCUUUUGCCUCCUACGAAUCUUUCGCGAGUUUUUUCACGCGUUUUAUAAUUGACAAACGAACGAACGAACGAACAUAUGGACAUAUGUAGUACAAAUACACACAUAUACACACGCUCCGGCGCGCGCGCGCGCGCGCAUGCAUACACAUACACAUAAAUGUAUACACGGACGUAUAUCACACACUCUUAUGGAUUUUACGCGAAAUGCUUCGCAAGGGGCACACGAAAUAUUUGUAUUACGAUCGUUGAUUUCAAAUACGAAAGGUCGGCCAUCGUUUACUAAACUCGUCAUUUCGUAUAUGUAUGUAUAACAAAUAGGGUGCUUCGUACAUCUACUCAACCGUUAAAAAAGUAAAUAUAUAUAUAUAUAUAAAUAAAUAAAUAAAUAAAUAAAUAAUAAAAAGGAAAAAAGAAAAAGAAAUAUUACGAACGCCAUGCUUCUUGACGAACGUAUGAAAGGAUCGUUUUAAAAUACGUAUACUGUAUAUUCAUGCGUACAUAUAUAUAUAUAUAUACACACACACACACAUGUAUGCGCACAUAUACUCUCCUGUGAUUGAUUGCUUUGUGUGAGUGUGAACGUAUGGUGUGUAUAAUUUAUAUACAUAUAUAUGAAUAUUCUAGUAACGAGAUAACAAUUAACGAGAAACGAUUCUUCGAUUGCUAUUCCAAUAUGGCUGAACAAACACGAAUAUUAACAUUUUUGUAAAACAAAAACAGAAAAAAGAAAAAGAAAAAUAAAAAGAAAAAAAGACAAUUACGAAUAUACACAUAUAUAUAUAUAUAUAUAUAUAUAUAUAUAUAUAUAUAUGUAUAUAUAUAUAUAUAGUAUAUUCAUUGAUAAUAUCGAAUGAAUGAAGGGCAAUCGAUUCUCGAUACUAAUCUCGUUGCAAACCUAGUUAGCUUAGGUAGGCAAAUAAUUGUGUGUACAUAUAUAUUUAAUUAACAUUAACGUUGUAUGUAUAUCUCGAUAUCGCGCAUUACCGGAACACGGUGCAUUUAUUUAUUAUCGGGGAGGAUCUGGAUCGGCCGAUGGAAUUAGCUGAUUAGGGGCCUAUGAAUGUAUACAAAAAGAAAAUAAAAUAUUGAAAAAAAAUCAA